UCCCCUACGAUUUUCUUGGCAGAAACCCCGACAGAACCCCCUACUUCUAACUAAGCUUAAUAAUAAAAUUUUAAAACAGAAUUGUUGACUCUUGUGGUAGUUCAUCAUGGAAGUGAUUUUGUUAAAAUUGCAAGGAUUUUGAAGAGAAUGAGUUUUAAGACGGAAAAUUUAAAAAAUGAUGUGUUCGGUUUGGAUAUGUAUUUUAAAUUUAUUUUGUUGGAAGAUGGAGAAUAUGAAGAAUUUGAGGAGGAGUAUGAAGGCGAAGAACAUGUUGAAGAAAGUGAUGAUUCUGAAACGAGCGAUGAUUCUGAUGACGACACCUUAUCUUCAAAUUUAAUGUGCUUAUCUUAUACCGAGAAAGAAUAUGAAACUGAGAUGACAAUGGGAAACUUAGAAUAUGAUUGGAGCGCAAACUCACAGUUUAAUAAUUGGCUUAAAUUAAAUAAAAUUUGUCAAGAAGAAUUGAAAAAUUUUGGAAAUGAUCUAUGCAAAGAAAUUAUGCAGACAAGAAAAGAUUUCGAAACUGUUGAAGAAUGGAAGAAUGGAACCCAUGAAAAUUCUAUUUCGAGUAGAUUCGGAAAAUUAAUAAAGGAAUGCGGCGAGUUAAAAAAGGUAAAGGAGGAUAUAGAUAGUUGAUAUGUAUAAUUAGGGUAUAUGUGGACAGAUAAGGGUAUAUGAAAGCAUUUAGGACGGAUAUAGACAGAUAU